GAGCUUUCCGCCAUGGAAAUUCCGCCACUCGCUUCCCUUUGACUUGCACCCCCUGUGUUAGGAUCCUCGCUAGGCCUAAGGCCACCCACCAACCCCUCGCGUCGCGCUUCCAGAGACUUGCACGACCGUACGGAACUUUUCUGCCCCGAAAGUAGAGCUCAAAUGUGGAUCUCACAUGACGCGUCGCUCGGCGGUGGGAUCAUGUCAAGUGAAAAGCCAUUCACUCAUGGCAAUCUUGUGGCUCAAGCUAGGCAAUCGCUGGCUAAGACAGAGAUUCCGUCCGUCCGUGCUGCCUUGGUGCUUACGGCGGUGCGAUGCGACCUCGCUCUCUUACUCUCCACCCACUUCGUCUUCGGGGUCCCGCGAGCCUUUGCAGGCUGUCCUUUCCCAGAUGUCAGCUGUCAGCUGUCACUGUCUGUCAGCGUUGAACGGUUCUACAAUGAGAUGACUCCCCUAGGGUGGGUCAUCCUUCGUAUACUAUAACCUCUCGCUGAUACGGUGCCGUCCAUCACGCUAGUCGUCGGCCGACUAGUUCGAUUCAGCGUCACGAAGUCUCACUCCGAGUGAGUCACCAUCACAGGGUGCUACAAGGUGCCUUGUAAUAGCCGGAGCUUCUAACCGUUUCUCGAACUGUACCUUGGUAUCAUUCUCGCACUCCUUGAAAUGCCGUGCGUAGGAGGUACGUGGGGGAUUCAGCCCGCCGAUGCCGCUCCGCUUCCCCUUUCCCCGCUCCACUACCGCCCGCGCUUCCGGCGCCCCCCGCCCCUCGACAUAGUCACGAUCGAUGACUGUACGAGCGAUGAUUCUUAGAAGAGCGCCGAUUCCUGCGACGCGUUGGGCGGCGGUCGCAGCCCUCCUUCUGCCCUCUUACCGCCUGUGAGAGUCGGCGGAUUGAGCUUCCAGGCAGAGCAGCUGUGCGGCGGAAACGGGCCGCUUCCUCCGGUCCGCGCCGGCCCGCGCGGCGGAAGCAAGGGGAGGCGGAACCUGAGCCGCGGGAGCAGCCGCAGCUGCAGCGCGAUCCAUGUCCGGCGGAACAGCACUAGCGUGGCGGGCCUUUUCUCCGAAGAAGCCGCAACGCCUGGAUCUGGAGCAUUCUCAUUCCAUGGCGGGAGCAGCACCAGAAGCAGCACCGGGAGCAGCACCGGGAGCAGCACCGGGAGCAGCACCGGGAGCAGCACUGGGAGCAGCACCGGGAGCAGCACCGGGAGCAGCACCGGGAGCAGCACCGGGAGCAGCAACGGGAGCAGCACCGGGAGCAGCAACGGGAGCAGCACCGGGAGCAGCACCGGGAGCAGCACCGGGAGCAGCGCUGGUUGCAAAGGCAGCGGCGGCAACCCUUUCGGCGGUGGCAGCCCGUGGUGGUACCAGCGUGGGAUGGGCGCGAGCAUGGGCGCGUGGAGUGCCACGAGCCUCUGGCGCUCCCUGCACGCUCCCGUUUCGCCCAUCUUCCGACCAAGAAGGCACGACACGAGUACUGGUGUCACCUCCCCGAGCCACGGCAGCCUGGUAACCAGAUCAACAACCAGCUGGGGAUCCAAUCGUGGGGGAAUUCAAGGUGUGGGGUCCAACAGCAUAGGAGCAAGCCACAAGGGUGCGACGAAUAAGCCCCCCCGGCACCACCACCGGUGGAAGAGCGCGGAUUGGAGCCUGUGGGCGGGUCCUGCUCUCUCUGCCGCCCGGCCGCCCUCCGCGUCUGGCCACCACAAGUCUUUGGGUAGUUCAGAAGGUUCUUCCAACCGAUCGGACCUCCCAAUAGACCAGCCCCCGCUGCAUCAUAUUCCCGCGUGUCCUACAGUCCAAGAGGGGCCCCUCAUGGCACCUCCGCUUAUGUCAAGGUCCCGAACCGAAGACUACCGCGGUACGGCACAUCAGGCUACAUCGCGUGACGCCACGUCCCUUGAUUCCUCUUUGCUUGAGGAGUUGAAGGGGGGGAUUGCUUCUUCUAGUAGCUUCUCCGAAAGGGUCAGGCCCCACUUUGUGGCUGCCUCGGAGCACCGUGUCUUCUGCCGCAUUGACGAUGAAUCUCUGCUUUUUGCUCACCCCCCGGCGCCACCCUCGCAGCUGUAGCACCAACCACCAAAAGAGAAGAGACUCCCCCAGGCGGCUGAUGGGGUUUCACAGAGAACUGCACAAGUCCCCAGCCCGCCACGCGCACACACACCUCCAGGCCUGCACGUACCACAGGAAGCGCAUGGCAGAUGGAUGAAGAGGGUGGGUUCGGAGCCUGCCUUUCUGGUGGAUCAUCGAAUGGAGGCCUCGACGAGGAGGAUUGAGGGACAAGGAGACAACAGAAACGGGGGCGAUCGGACCUCGACGUGCCUGAUUUGAUCCUUAGAUCUCCGGAUAAUGGGUGGAGCAAAGUGGGUGGGUUGAAGCCAUCCUGACGUGAGCGCAGUGAGCUAGUUUCGCAGAGUGGCGGCGGUCUGAUGUUUUCAGUGAAUGGUGGCAGCAGUCACAGCCGCAGAGGAGGGCUGACCCUGACGGUAUCAAUGAUUGUACGAGAGAGUGGGGGGAAUUGUGGCUAUAGAAGUACAGCAGCAGCAGCAGCAUUGGGCAGAGAGCAGAGGCAUGUGUCACCUUCAGCAAUAAACGGUCGUGCCCAUGUCCUCGUGCGCCUGUGGAGACAGAUGGUAUGGCACGGCACCAGGGUGCAUGUGCUAUUAUGGCAAGCUCAUGCUCUGACACCUUUUGCUUUGAAACCAGUGGGAGCAGAGGGAAGCAGGUGGGGUUAAAGAGUCCUGUUUUGACAACAUCUGAGGAUCUUCACAUUUGUAAAAGUACUUCGUUCCCAUGAUGUUUCGCACAACCUUCGCAGUUUCUUGCAAGUGGUGCAGGCCAGAAGUGGCGCCCUGCAAUGAAUCACCCACUAUUUAUCGGUAGUAGAGCAGGGUUUGCUGAAGACGUUAUAUUCUCACCCCCUUGAGUGCUAUUGUAAUAAG